AUGGACAGGUCAGGUGAUCGUGGACAGACCAGCAGAUCCAGUCGGACCAGUUCUCAGACUGGUGUCAGCUUUGAGGAAGUGAACCUGUCUCAGUCUCAGUUACCGAGAGGAGAAAUGGCACGGAAAGGAGAUCUGCUGUACCAGGAAACCUUUCCUUGUUCCAUCUGUUUGGAGGUUUUAAAGGAUCCAGUGGCUAUUCCCUGUGGACACAGUUACUGUAUGAAGUGUAUUAAAUCCUACUGGGAUGAAGGAGAGAAGAAACUCCCCAGCUGUCCUCAGUGUAGAGAGACAUUCACCCCGAGGCCUGCGCUGGUGAAAAACACCAUGUUAGCAGCUUUACUGGAGGAGAUGAAGAAGACCGGACUCCAAGUUGCUCCUGCUGAUCACUUCUAUGCUGGACCUGAAGAUGUGGCCUGUGAUUUCUGCUCUGGAAGAAAACUGAAAGCUGUCAAGUCCUGUUUAGUCUGUCUGGCCUCUUACUGCGAGAAACACCUUCAACCUCAUCAUGAUUCAUCUACAUUCAAGAAACACAAGCUGGUGGAUCCCUCCAAGACCCUGCAGGACAACAUCUGCCCCCGUCAUGGUGAGGUGAUGAAGAUGUUCUGUCGUACUGAUCAGAAGUGUAUCUGUUAUAUCUGCUCUGUGGAUGAACAUAAAGGCCACGACACAGUCUCAGCUGCAGCAGAAAGGGCUGAGAGGCAGAAGGAGAUGGAGGUGAGUCGACAACGAAUCCAGCGGGAGAUCCAGGACAGAGAGAAAGAUGUGAAGCUGCUUCAGCAGGAGGUGAAGGCCAUCAAUCAGUCUGCUGAUGAAACAGUGGAGGACAGUGAGGAGAUCUUCACUGAGCUGAUCUCUCUCCUCCAGAAAAGAAGCUCUGAUUUGAAGCAGGAGAUCAGAUCCCAGCAGGAAACUGAAGUGAGUCGAGUCAGAGAGCUGGAGGAGAAGCUGCAGCAGGAGAUCACUGACCUGAAGAGGAGAGACGCUGAGAUGAAGCAGCUCAGAGACACCGAGGACCACAACCAGUUUCUCCACAACUACCCCUCACUGUCACCACUCAGUGAGUCCACACAGUCCUCCAGCAUCAGCAUCCGUCCUCUCAGGUACUUUCAGGAUGUGACAGCAGCUGUGUCAGAGGUCAGAGGUCAACUACAGGACAUGUGGACAAACGUCUCACUGGCCAUCACUGAGGUGGAUGUUUUACUGCCACAACCAGAACCAGAACCAGAACCAGAACCAGAACCAAAGAGCAGAGCUGGAUUCUUGAAGUAUUCAUGUGAAAUCACUCUGGAUCCAAACACAGUAAACAGACAGCUGUUACUGUUAAAGGAGAACAGAAAGGUGACUUUUAUGGAGAAACUUCAGUCUUAUUAUGGUCAUCCAUACAGAUUCACUAAGACUCCUCAGGUCCUGAGUAGAGAGAGUCUGAUUGGACGUCAUUACUGGGAGGUGGAGAAGAAAGCAGGUGUAGUUUUUGUAGCAGUUUCAUACAAGAAUAUCAGCGCCUCCAGAAUAGGAGUUUACCUGGAUCACAGAGCAGGUGUUCUGUCCUUCUACAGCGUCUCUGAAACCAUGACCCUCCUCCACAGAGUCCAGACCACCUUCACUCAGCCGCUCUACGCUGGAGUCGGGUUUAGUUACCCCCUCUUAGGACUUUUUACGUUGUCCCGUCCUGGAGACUCAGCUGAGUUCUGUAAACUCAAGUAGACGUGUUUCCUCUUCAUGUUUUCAUCUCAAUUUUUAUUGAUCUUCUUUUCUUCGUUUUUGUUCUAUAAGUUGAUGUUUUUUUGUUAUUUCCUCUUUUGGAGGUGGAAGUCAUUCUUUUGUAGUUUCACCUGGAACAUUUUCAUGUUACUAUCAUCUUCUAUGUCAGUAGAAAUAAUCUGUGUUGUAAUUGUUGUUAACUGUUAGUUUGAAUGUGUUUCUAGGUUGUAUUUCUCUUUUCUUCUCCUCUUUUUCUUCCACUUCAUGGACUCAGACGACCCACCAGUCCUUCAUCUCUGAUGUCAUGUCUGCAUGCACACUGGUUUCCUCCUUCAUUAGCAAACCAAAUGUUGUUUUUUUUCUUAACCAGUGAAGACGUUCUUAAGGUGAAAUAACAGCAAAGCGAAUCUGACGGCACUACUUCUGAGAUCUGCAUGGUUCUUGUUUAACGCUGCAUAGGUCAAAGUUCAUGAAAUGGUGACAGAUGUUAUAUCUGCUUAUUAUACACAAGUGGUGACGCACUGAGCCAAUCUUUUAAACAUUUUAAAGGUCCUAUACGUUUAUUUGCACUUUUGUUUUACUUGUUACACUGUUGUAAUAUGUUAUGUGUAUGUUAAGCACUUCAUUUGUGCAUUAUAAGCAUAUACAGCCAUAUUUUACUAACUGCACAUUAUAUGUUUAUUUCUCGAUGAUUUAUGUUGUUUAUGUGCAAAUUACUA